GCUUCGCUCGGUGGCUCUUCGAGGGGGAGGAGGAGAGCGCGAGACGAAGCGAAGCGGCGGGGAAGGAUGGCGCUCUCGGUGCCGGUGAACGGGGUGAAGGAGGAGGGCGACAAGGAGCCCCUCAUCGAGCUCUUCGUCAAGGCUGGUAGUGAUGGUGAAAGCAUAGGCAAUUGUCCCUUUUCUCAGAGACUGUUCAUGAUCCUGUGGCUCAAAGGAGUGGUAUUUAGUGUAACUACAGUUGACUUGAAAAGGAAGCCUGCAGACCUUCAGAACUUGGCUCCAGGGACUCACCCACCCUUUAUAACAUUUAAUAGUGAGGUGAAAACAGAUGUAAACAAGAUUGAAGAGUUCCUUGAAGAUGUCCUCUGCCCGCCCAAAUAUGCAAAGCUUUCAGCUAAACAUCCAGAAUCAAACACUGCUGGAAUGGACAUCUUUGCUAAAUUUUCGGCAUUUAUCAAGAAUUCCAGGCCUGAAACAAAUGAAGCCUUGGAAAGGGGCCUCCUGAAAACUCUGCAGAAGCUUGAUGACUACCUGAAUACACCUCAUCCAGAUGAGAUUGAUGAAAACAGCAUGGAGGAUGUGCCAGCUUCCACACGCAAGUUUCUGGAUGGUGAUGAGAUGACCCUAGCAGAUUGCAAUUUGUUGCCCAAACUACAUAUUGUCAAGGUUGUGGCCAAAAAGUAUCGUAACUUUGAAAUUCCCAAGACGAUGACUGGGAUCUGGAGAUACCUGGCUAAUGCCUACAGCCGUGAUGAAUUCACCAACACUUGUCCUGGAGACAAAGAGAUUGAAAUAGCUUACAGCGACGUAGCGAAGAGACUCACAAAAUAAGCAUUCACACUUUCAUAAGGAAAAGCUUCUUUUAACAGACUGCUUCCUUUUUGUUCUUUUUAAAGAUAGCAGUUUACUUUGCAUAUACUUGCAGUACUCAGUGUUACAUUAGGUAGAACAGGUGUAGUAAUUUGUUUUUUAAAAAAUGCAAAUGGAUGUUAUGCCACCUAAUUGUUUUGCCUCCUAGAAUAAGAUGAACACAGUGUUUAAUGUUGCCAUGAAGCAGUUUUGGAGUCUGUCCAGAACUGCUGAAUGGACCCCUACUUAUUACUCUGGUUUGUAGAUAUUGGGCCCAUAUUAGUUUGAAGAUCAGGUUUCAUAAUUAGAGGGAACAAGUGGCAAAGCUUUUCCUGAACUGGACCACUUUAGAUGACAUGAGAUAGAGGUUUGAACACUCUUUCUGUCUUAAUUUCUUGCUCUGCGGGAAGAAGAGUUCAGCCUACCCUUUUUGAUGAUGUGUUUUUACAUGCAGAGAGUUCUUUUUCAUUCAGAGAACAUUGCCAUCCCUUUGCCUAACCAUUCAGUCUAGGGACAGCUUUACUUCUUAAUAUUCCAGAUCAUAUAAACUGGCACUUAGAGUUUAGACUGAAUCUUGGAUCCUCAGGGUGGUCUAGGGAGCACUUUUUACUGGUGGUUCAAGGAUUAUAAAAUGUACUUUGAGGUACUUUGAAGUAAUCUUGCAUACCAGAGCAAAAAUUCCUCUGAAACGCAGUGUACCUCUUGGUCUAUCCAAACAGGGCCUGAAAGGUAGCUUCACCAAAAAGAACCACUUGUGAAACAUUUGGUCAGACAUCUAAGUUUAUGUGAAAAAGACACAUUUGGACAAAUUCAGAUAAAAGGAAUUGUUGCCCACAAAGACCACUGUGCUCUUUGGAGACGUAGGGAGACGCAAAGGCAUAAUUUUUGUACUCUCAGCACAAGUCGAUUAUUUUGCUAUGAAUCUGCAUAGGAUUGGAUGGGAACUCGAGGAUCUUCCUAGAGACAAAUUUUCUCUAAAGAUGUAGGAGUUUGGCCCUCAUUAUUAUAAAAUAUGAUCCAAAGUUUAUAACAUCAUCUGGCUUCUUUUGAAAGCGCUAAGCUCUUUGUCAAUAAGUAGGAGUUAUUUCUGAAGUUACUCUCAUUCAAAGCCAGAGCUGUUAGACAACCAUCCUAGAUAACCAUGAGGUUUCUCUUAAGAAUUAGCUACUCUUAUGUUGCUAAAGUAGAAGUGUUGUAGUUGGGUGUAGAUAAUAUUUUUGUCCCAAAUUUAUUAAAGUCAGAAUCUUGUUAAGGAUUAGUUUAUUUUUAAUGAAGUUCAAGUGGCCUUCAUAUACCAGUUUCUUUGCCUUACUUGACCAUGUGUGUAAUCCUGUUGUCACGAUUCCCACUUCUGGAGUAACUUGGAUGUGACAUUUCCAGCCUCUCCCAUCAGUGUCUCCCUUCAUUCUUACUUGUGUAACUGUUUCAUAUGGUACCUGACCUGUCAUUUUCCCUGCCGCAAUCAUGAUAUUAUAGAGUUCAUUUGUGAUACUGUAUUUCUAAAUCCAGCUGUAGUCUCAACCAGAGCAGUUCCAAAUCAAUAAGACAUGUAGGUGGUGACUAAUAAGUCAUGUUCAGUAUAAUAACUUUACUCUAGUUGAGACUAAAAUUGGAUUUAGUCCUAUAAUAGCAUUAAGGAACAGUACUGACUAUAUAUAUAUCUCAAAAGUUGUAGUGUUAGUUGGAAUUUUUUUCAAUACAAAGAAAGGCCAGGGUUUGAGGUAUAAAGGAGCCUUGCCAUUUCUUUUAAAUGCCACCAGAGACUUGACAGUGUAUUUUUGGUAACCUUUUGCAAAGGAUUGUCCUUUUUAAAAACAAAAUGUAAGGAUGCUUGCCAUUUCUAAAAAUCAGGAAGAGCUAUUGAAGCUGUUUUGUGGAGCAAGUCCCAUUGAGUUCACUCUGGCUGAUUUUUCAAUAAAAAUUGCAGCCUCAGUUCUGCAGUGUAAGUGGGACGCACAAAAGAGUAUUAUAACACUUCCUUUUACAUUAACAUUUGGGCAGGAAAUCCAAUGUUAAAAACCCUGCAUAUAAGCACCAUACUUUUACAAUGUUAUUUCUCAUUCAAAUUGGUGGAAAGAUGAUUUCUAGCUUUGUGUGUGUGUUAUAAAUGGCUUUGUAGUGCCUUCCUCUUCCUAUAUACGAAAUGUCCAGCACUGACAAAAUCCAUUCUGUGCUUAUGCUGUUGCUUUGUGACUGCCCCAAAGCACCCUGCAUCUUUAACUUAAAAUACCUUUCCUAGAACUUUGUGCUGUUUCAACCUGGUUCAAUUUCUCUUGUUUGAAACCUGCCCCCAAAUUCUAUGUGAUGUUGCCCAUGUUGCCUUCUGGUCAGUUGGCCAACUUGAACGUUUGGUAGUGAGGUAGCAAAAUAGUAGAAUCACAUAGAUAGGUUGUUGCAGGUUCCUCCCUAUUUGGAUUUACUUAAAAACCUUUGCUUGUUUUCCAGUUGAUUUUUUUUUCCAUCAACAUUCAGAGGCACAAAGCCAUCCUUUUCAGAUUGAUCAUAACCGAAUGCAACAAAAAGACAGAUUCAAGAGAAUCCUGGGUUAUUUUAAAUGAGCUGUGUGUUAGUAUAUGGAGUCUGAACCCUCUCACAUUCCUCCUUGUAGUUCUCAGCAAACCAGAAAAGGGAUAGCAUGUUAUCCAGCUGCGGAUCCUGGCCUAGCUCCAUUUAAGACGGAGUGACUAACCAGGUUCUCUGACCCCUGACUAAUUUUGAAGCAACAAACUUAGGAGCCACAGUUCAGACAACAUGUAAACCAAUCUCCUCUUACUUUGUUUAGCUCUUUUUUUCUUUCUGUCCAUUAGUACAAGUGGGUUGCAUUCCACACUCUGGAUUUCUGAAUUAUCAUUGUGGGUCAAGACAAUCAUUGUGAAAUAGGAUAACAAGCAAAAAGCUUGGGUUGAAUGCAAGGAGAAAGAUAUGGUUAGAAAUAGGCCAUUCCCUUCUUCCCUGCCCAAUUUUGACUACAGACUUGUUAAUCUAUUUUUCUAUAUAUUUAAUCCAGUUAGGCACACUGUUUUUAAUAGUUCAGUCUGUGCAUGAAAGUCCCUUGAGCCAUCUUCCUCUCACCUGCAGCAUCAUUCAAAAGGGAAAGAUCAACAGUUUUUAAGAUGUUGUUACACUGGUGCUCCUAUCAUCCAUCCCCACUGGCUGAUGGAUAUUGCAAACCUGUGAUGUUGGGAGGACCACAUGCUCACUGGUCCUGGUGCACAAGCUAUGUACAAUAAGCACUGGCACCUUAUCUUUUCCACUUCUAUCAAAUCCUUUAGUUAAUCAGGCUUCUACACAAACAAGAGGGAUGGAUUGCAUAGACUCCUCAGUACUGCCAACUGACCACAAAACCCCUAGCCAUGUCUGUUGCUAUGCCUUUAGAAGCACUGUAAAGUACAUCUACCAUGACUAGUCUUUUUUUUUGGGGGGGGGGCAAAAAAUCAGUCACUGUCAAGCCCUUCUUGUGUUAAAAUGUACUCAGGAGGCUCUCUAAUUCAUAUUAUGCCCUGUUGCUAGUAGCAUGUAGAUGUUGGUGCUCACGUAAAACUCUUCACUUAGUUUCCCCUGCUUUCCCCUCCAAGUUACAAGAUAACUCUGCUUUAAUCUAAAUUUUCCGUGGCAACAAAAGUAAUGCUAAACCAUUUGUUUUAUAUUAAAAAUAACAACUGGUAUUAGCAGCAACUAAUGGAAGAGGGUUUGUCCUGUGUGAAACCACAAUUGCUUGCAUUCUGUACAUUUCUUGCUUACACUUUUUGAAAAGAACCAUAUUCCAAGCAAAUAUAUAUAAAACCUGCUCUGGACAGUGGAUAGUGGAGUGAUGCUCAAAUUACCAGAAUGGGCAGGACAUUUAAUUUGGUUUUGUACAGAGAGAUACCUAUAUGACUAUUGUAAUACAGUACGCUUAUCUUUUCACUUUUCUGGAAUAUCUUUUACAGAUAUACCAGCAAACUGCUGGCAGCUAUUGUUUUAAAAAAAUAAAAUUUAUAUUUUCACUUAAA